CCCAGCCCGGAGUGAAGUUUCCGGCUUCCGGUCUGAAGGGGAAGAAAGGCCGCCGCUGCCCCCGUCGCUGAGUCGGGCAUGAGGAAGCUGGGCGGCCGACCGGGAAGGUUAUCCAGACACCAUACUGACCCUUCGUCCUGCUUGACCUCCUGAAGGACAGGAGCCAUGGUUUCCAAACGCGUCUUCAUCUGCAGCCUGGGCUCCAUCUAUUUAUCCCUCCUCUUCGUCUUUUUGCUCAUGGACGUUUACGCUCGGCCCGCCAACAGCUCCAUCCUCAAAGAGAAAGCGGCCGUCGACAAAGACGAAAACGAGAUCCUCCCUCCGGACCACCUGAACGGGGUCAAGAUGGAGCUGGACGGACAUCUCAACAAAGAGUUCCACCAGGAGGUUUUCCUGGGGAAAGAGAUGGAGGAGUUUGAGGAAGAUUCGGAACCGCGGAGAAACCGGAAGAAACUGGUGGUGAUUUUCUCAAAGGUUGACAUCAACCGCGACAAGAAAAUCAGCGCCAAGGAGAUGCAGCGCUGGAUCAUGGAGAAGACCGAGGAGCACUUCCAAGAGGCCGUGGAAGAAAACAAGAUGCAUUUCCGGGCCGUGGCCCCUGACGGCGAUGGCCACGUGUCCUGGGAUGAAUAUAAAAUCAAGUUUCUGGCAAGCAAAGGCAUGAACGAGAAGGAGGUGGCGGAAAAGAUUAAGAACAACGAAGAGCUGAAGAUCGACGAAGAGACCCAGGAAGUCCUCGAUAAUUUGAAAGAUCGCUGGUAUCAAGCCGACAACCCUCCGGCCGAUCUGUUGUUGAACGAGGAAGAAUUUUUGUCUUUCCUUCAUCCGGAGCACAGCAGGGGAAUGCUGAAAUUUAUGGUCAAGGAAAUCGUCCGGGAUUUGGAUCAGGACGGCGAUAAGAAGCUGACCCUUUCGGAGUUCAUUUCCUUGCCGGUUGGCACAGUUGAAAACCAACAAGCCCAGGAUGUGGAUGACGACUGGGUGAAAGACCGAAAGAAAGAGUUCGAAGACGUCAUCGACGCCAACCAUGAUGGCAUCGUUACCAUGGAAGAGCUGGAGGAGUACAUGGACCCCAUGAACGAGUACAACGCCUUGAACGAAGCCAAGCAGAUGAUCGCCGUGGCGGAUGAGAAUCAAAACCACCACCUGGAGCUGGAGGAGAUCUUAAAAUACAGCGAGUAUUUCACCGGCAGCAAGCUGAUGGAUUACGCACGGAACGUCCACGAGGAAUUCUGAAGGCGCGCUGGAGCCCUUUGUCCGCCCCGUCGCGCCGCCUCGUUUUCCCCAAACACGACACGCGUUUCCUUUUUUGCCGCUGGGUCUGUGUUCUGUGCAUAUACAGUUGUGGUGGUUUUUUCUGGACUUUUUCCUUUCAAAAGCCCGUCCGCGUACAUUAAAAGCCAAAUGUGUUUUUUUUUCACUCUGAACUCGCCAGGGAUAAAAUCUGGACACGUUCUUGAUUUGCGGUGCCGGUUGAACAGAAUUGAAGAUCCCACGAUCUGAUUUUUUUUUUUUUUUAAUCGGGGGGGAAAAACCACCGACGGGAGGGAGAAAAGGGGAAUAUGUUCAUUUUACAUCAAGUUAAAAUCAUGGUGCGGUUGUGUAGCUCUUGUGAUCGCUUGAAAAAGAAUGUUUAGGGAAAACAUCGAUUCACUGGAAACUGCUCAAACUGUGGUGGCUAUUUUGGGUGCGACCCGAGGGUACCACCGAGGAAGGUUACCGGUAGUCUCCAAUUUGGAACCGUAAAAAUUGUUGUUAGGCAGCAAGGGUCAUAAAGGGAGGUAUCCCAUAGCCUUUAUUGGGCAUGGCCAUUAAGCGAGUCAAACAGCCAUUAAACGAAUCCGGUUUCGCCCAUUGAUGUCCUGGAAAGGAUGCCAAUGAUGAGCACAUGGCAGAAGGGGUCUGGGACUCGUAAAGACAAGCCAGUUGCCAAGCAUCCAGAAUAUGAACGUGGGAAAAGUAUGAUGGGCGUAACUUGGAGGAGGGAGGAUAAGUUAGAGCCAUAGUUAAAUAAUUCAUAAUUAUUUAAUAAUUAAUAGAACAAUCAAAAGCAAAUCUCCGGCAAAACCUGCCAUCUCCUGGCGAUCUUGGGGAGUGCAGCCUCCAAGGGAUAACUCAGGCCAUCUUCACGCCGGGGGGUAAAACUGGCAGCCCGGAUGCGUCACGCGCAGGCCAGGCCCACUCCGGCUUCGCAAAUGCAAAAAAAGUCGCAAUACUUAGCGAUAUGUCAUAUAACGCGAUCGAGUUUGACACCCGUGCUCUAUAUAGCAUAGGAUAUGAAAAGAGUGCCCUCCAGUGGUCGUUUGGGAUAUUUCAGCAUGGCAGCGGCUAAAAAGGCCAUCUAUAACACAGGGAAUGAAAAGAGUGCCCUCCGUUGGCCAUUCGGGAUCUUUCAGCAGGUACUACAAAGACCAUCUCUAGCACAGUGCAUGACAAAAGUACCCUCCAGUGGCCAUCUGGGAUAUUUCAGCCAGGCAGGGACUGCAAAGACCAUCCAGUAGCACAAGGCAACGACAAAAGUGCCCAGGGAGUAGGAAGUCCAUCUUUAGCACAGCAUAUGAAAACAGUGCCCUCCGGUGGCCAUUUGGGAUAUUUCAACCUGGCAGGGACUACAAAGACCAUCUCGUAACACUUUGUGGCAGCCCCUGAAAUACUGGAAGACUGCUAUCAUGUCGUUUGUUUCAUUAAACUGGACAUACCCAA